GCUACUUUCACUUUCACGAUGAGGGUUGGCAGUUUAGCAAUAAUUAUUUCUUUUGCAAGCUUUAUUUUAGAAACAGAUUGCCAGAAGUAUCAACCAACAUGGGAGAGCAUUGACUCCCGACCCAUUCCAGCAUGGUACGACGAUGCCAAAGUUGGAAUGUUCAUCAACUGGGGUGUGUACUCUGUCCCGUCGAUGCAUAGCGAGUGGUUUUGGUGGUUCUGGAAAGGAGGACCGACGGCCGAUGUGGUGAACUUUAUGAAGAAAUUCUACCCGCCAAAUUUUACCUAUGCAGAUUUUGCAAAGCAGUUUCGCGCAGAAUUUUAUGAUCCAAACAAAUGGAAAGAAAUCAUUCAAGCCUCAGGUGUAAAAUAUGUUGUGUUGACAUCCAAACAUUGUGAUGGAUUUAACAUGUACCCAACCAAUGUGACUUAUCAGUGGAACGCAAGAGAUGUUGGUCCCAAGAGAGAUCUAGUGGGUCCUUUGAAAGAAGCAUUGAAGGGGACAGAUGUAAGAUUUGGUAUCUACCAUGACAUGAUUGAAUGGUUCAACCCACUGUGGCUUGAAGAUGUCAAGAAUAACUACACAACAAAUAGAUUUGUUAAAGACUAUAUGCUGCCUUUGAUGUAUGAGGUUGUCAAUGCCUAUGAACCCGAUGUUUUCUGGAAUGAUGGUGCCUGGUUAGCUCCAUCAUGGCAUGCUCCAAGCUGGUACUGGAAUGCUACUAUAUUCUUGGCCUGGCUGUACAAUAACAGUCCUGUCAAAGAUGAAGUGGUCACUAAUGACAGAUGGGGAGUGGACUGUGACUGUAAACAUGGGGGAGUCUGGACCUGCUCGGACAGGUUCCAUCCAGGUCAUGUUCUGCCACAUAAGUGGGUAAAUGCCAUGACAUUAGAUAAACUCUCAUGGGGAUACAGAAGGGAUGCUGAUCUAAGCCAGUACUAUACUAUAGAGGAACUCCUGGAGGAAAUGAUAUAUACUGUUAGCUUUGGAGGAAACAUACUUAUCAAUGCUGCACCAACAGCUUGGGGAACUUUUGACCCAAUUUACGAGGAAAGAUUCCGACAGCUUGGUUCAUGGCUGAAGGUCAAUGGGGAAGCUAUUUAUAAAACAAAAUCCUGGAUUUUUCAAAAUGACACAUUGGCGGCAAGAGCAUGGUACACAGCAUCCAAGUCUGAGAAAAAUGUGAUCUACUGUUUGGUUUUGGAUUGGCCAGAGAAAAAUGAAAUUACUCUGGGGUCAUUGAAGGAUAUGUCAGUUUCCAUGGUAACAUUGCUAGGGUCGGAUGCAGCAGUAUAUUUUGUCCAGGAAGCAACAGGAGUGAGGAUUUUAUUCCCCGCCCUAAAUGUGCGCAAAAUGCCUUGUCUUUGGGCUUGGGCCUUGAAAAUAACAUUAAAGAAAUAGAUUGCUGGUUGAUUUUUCUGAAUUAUUAGUUAUCCAGGCCCAAUCAAGGGUGAACGGGGAUUUAACCCGGGUUGUAUUCCAUACACCAUGAGGCCGAAGGAGGUAUGGAAUACAACCUGGGGUAAAUCCCCAUAAACCCUUGAUUGGACCUGGAUAACGAAUUUAUUUUCUAUGUAUCCAAAUAAAUUGUUUAUAAACAAGUCCAAUCAACUGUGUUUCAAGCUAUCGAUAAGAUUUACUAAGUCCUACAAUGCAUCAUGACGUCAUGUUAUUUGCUUUUUAUCAUAGAGAAACUUUGCAUUUUUACCCCCGGCUAAAGUCAGGUGUAUGGAAAUUUACACCCGACUUUGUAAUCAAUCAAAGCUCGUGUUACAAGCUACAUAGGAAAUAAUUGAAUUUAUUCUUGUAUGGAAACUACUGAACAAAUUUCAACAAAUCUAAAUACAUAUACUAGUAGUUAUAUAUUACAUUAUUAUAUAUACAAGAUAAACUUGGUCAUCUAAGAGGCAAACUCUUUAAAUAUGAAAAUGUUAAAGCAAUGAAACCUUAAUUUACUGAAUAGCAAAAUUCACAAGUUCUAGCAUUAAAAUGAUGAUGUUUUAAAUUGCCUCAGACUCAAAAAAAAAAUCAUUCUAUAUUUUUCUACUAAACUACUACACACAGCUGGUUGCUAGAUGAUAUGGAGUUCUUGUAACAUAACUGGUACACAAAAGUAGCAUGUGUGUAGAGAAGUUGUCAAAAAAGUUUGAUGCUCGAGAGACCUCCAGAGCCCAUGAGCCUCUUUUUUUAACUUCAUUUUUUUUUUUUACCUUUUGUUUGACUAAAUCCUGAAUUGUUGAUUUUUUUUUUUCAAAAUAACAAAAAUGUAAAUCAAACAAAAAUUUAUUUUACAAUUUGACUCCACAAAGUGUAUCAAAGAAGGGAUAAAAUAUAUAUUCCUAUACAAAGAUACUCAUUCUCAAAAGAUGUACAUAAUACAUGUAUACUCAAAAUACUGUAUGGUAUAGGGACCUAAUGCUACUAAAGCAUAUUUCUUAAAUUUCUGUACAUUUUGCCAUUUGUUUCAUUAAUUUUUACCAUAGGGCCAACUUUAAAAUAAUGUUUGCUUGCCCUCUCCAGACUCACGAUGAAAAAUUGGGGUAGGUAGGUGGGAACAUUUUUUUUUUUUCAGAAAAUUUUCAAAUCAAUGCUGAUUUUCAAAAUCUAUUUUCUGGAAUGCAUAAAAAAAAUUGUUUCCUCGAGGUUAAAAAAAAGUUUUGAGUCAGGCAAUUUUUGCCAGUCAGUUGGGAGAAGGCAAACAAACAAAUUUUUGAAGAUGGCCUAAAAAUGCAUAUUUUUUCUAUGGAAAAAAAAAUGUAUUGUACUUAAUUAUAACUUUAAAUAAUAUUUAAUGUUGUCUUCUGAGUAUUAUUUUUAUAUUCUGCAAAGAAAUGUGAUAAUUUUUAUUAUAUGUAACAUUCCAUUUGAUAUAUAUUGUUGUACACUGGUUUGUGCUUCUAUCUAAAUAUGAUAAAAUCUUUUAAAAUAUUAUACAUGUACAUUCCUACAAGUUAAUUUAAAUUUGAGGAAUUACACCAAUUAUUAAGGAUUAUCACAUCAAUGCCAUCUUAAGAUAUUUGUACAUAAUUGGAGUGUACACAUAUACAUGUACAUGUAUAUCCUUUUCCUAGACCCAUGACAACCUUAGAUAGUGCCCUUUGAAGUGUAAGACAUCAACAAUGACUGUUGUUACAUGAAGUGUAUGUAGAACUGAUAGCAUUUCAGAUAGGCUAGGGCAUUUCUUUGAAAAAGUUUUACUUCUUUCAGAAGCAUUGUACUACCUCUUUAUGAUUAAAUUAUCCUAUAUUUUCUUGUGACUCUAUACAAGUGUUGCUGUAGCCUAUAUUUUUCUUGAUUAUAAUCUAAUUUAAACCUCAAAGACAAAGUUUUUAUGCUGACUCACUAAGAGGCUAUGAGACAUAUCACUAAUUGCAGCUGUGUAAUAACUAGGCCAUCGGAGAAGACAAACAAAAACAUACUUACCGAACAAGGAAGUGGGAAUAUAUGUGAUGUUUAUAUAUACAUGUACAUCAAUUUUGUACAUAAAUUAUAUUUUUAACAGUCCUGGUCACACAAAAAAAUAAUAAUGAAAUCCAUUGCAUUUUUUUUUAAGUUUUUAGUCCCAUUCCCUUUAAAUGUGAUACUAGCAUUUUUAUAUCUGUAGAUUUUUUGUAAUUUUUUUUCUAUUUUACACAUAUGUGUAUGAAUAUUGAAAAAAUAUUGUAUUUGACCUAUACUGUUAUGCAUGCAACUGCUUAAUAUUGCAUGUACAUGUAUUUUGAAUAGAUUCCCGUAUACCAAGUGAUGGGAUGGUUGCAAUAAAUUCUCUGCAUUCAGUUGAUUUUAUAAAUUACUUGAAUUUCAAGCUGCAUGCUUUAAAUUACCCCAGACUACUGUAACUGGCAAGAGAAGAUAUUCAUGCAAAUUGAAUAAAGCAGUAGACAAAAAAUAUUUGACAAAAAGCAUGGAAUAUGAAAACUUCAUUGAUUUCUACCUGCAUAUUUAAAAUAAAUAUUUUUAAUUAC